AUGGCACCAUUCGCUACAGGAACCGAUACACCACAUACAAUUGGCGAGUCCGGAGCUGUCGAUGGAGUGAUAGCCUCAGAGAUCACUGUUUUGGCAUCCUCAAGAGCGAUAGUCAAAGAUCGCCUCACGGAAGCAACCAUUGUGAUCUCAACAGUAACAGGCAAGAUCACAAGCGUCUUCACUUCGAUCGUACCUCCAUCGUCAUUUCCUUUGGGAACGCCAUACACCGACUACAGCCCACAUGUGCUUCUCCCAGGAUUAGUAGACGCACACGUGCAUCUGAAUGAGCCGGGAAGGACGGAAUGGGAAGGGUUCUACACUGGCACACAGGCCGCGGCAUUUGGAGGUGUAACAACCGUGGUGGACAUGCCUUUGAACGCCAUUCCACCCACCACAACCAUGAACGGGUUGAAAGAGAAAGUCGAGGCUGCACAAGGAAAAUGCUGGGUCGAUGUAGGAUUCUACGGCGGCAUCGUGCCCGGAAAUGUCGAAGAGCUCAAACCACUCGUGAAAGCCGGCGUGCGAGGUUUCAAAGGCUUUCUCAUCGACAGCGGAGUGGAAGAGUUCCCAGCUGUCUCAUCAACAGACAUCGCAGCUGUGUUCGAAGAAUUGGCCGACGAGCCGACCACGGUCAUGUUCCACGCCGAGAUGAUCCCACCCGUCUCCGCAUCAGUCGGCGACGACGUCCAAUUCUCCCUCCCACCUCUCCAACCCACAGGUCCCCUAGAACGAUAUCAAACCUUCCUCGACUCCCGUCCAUCCUCCUUCGAAACCUACGCCAUCCUCGAGAUCCUUUCUCUCGCCCACCUCGCUCCCAACCUUCCCCUCCACAUCGUCCACCUCUCCGCCACAGAAGCCAUUCCCAUGCUCCGUGACGCUCGCGCCCGCGGCGUCAACAUCACAACGGAAACCUGCUUCCACUACCUCUCCCUCGCCGCGGAGAAAAUCCAAGAUGGCGACACCCGCCAUAAAUGCUGUCCCCCCAUCCGCUCCGAAUCCAACCAAAACGGCUUGUGGACCGAACUCCUCGACAUCGAGGACUCGGUCAUCAAAACCGUGGUAUCCGACCACUCCCCUUGCACGCCAAAUCUCAAACUCCUCCCCUCCCACGUUCCGGGCGCUCACGUCGAAAAGUCCACCUCGCAGUCAGCGAGCUGUUGCGCCCCUGCAAAUGUAGGCGACUUCUUCUCUGCCUGGGGCGGUAUCAGUUCCGUAGGUCUUGGCCUCUCCAUCCUGUGGACAGAAGCCAUGCGCCGUAACCUCCCCAUCGACGCCACCCUGCUCAACAUCGCACGAUGGUGUUGCGUCAACACAGCCGCGCAAGUCGGACUCGAACACCGCAAAGGCUCUCUGCAAGUUGGAAUGGACGGCGAUGUGUGCGUCUUUGAUGACGAGGGAACGUUCGAGGUUGAGCCAAGCACGAUGUUGUUCAGGAAUAAGUGCUCGCCGUAUGAGGGAAAGACGCUGCGGGGUUUCGCGAGGGAGACGUGGUUGAGGGGAAGGAGAGUGCAUUCGAGAGAAGGGGGCUUUGGAAAAGGGAGCGCGGGUGGAGAAUUGUUGUUGGAGCCGAGGACGAAUGUGGUGGUGUGA